CCAGUAGCAGUCAAGCAAGCUAAUUCCCUCCACCCACAAUUUAGACUAAUAAAUAACGCCUUGACUCAAAUCACCAGCUUUAAACUCUUGGUGGCAGCCUCUGGAAAGAGCAGCUUCCUGAGUUUUCAACAUCUUAUUAAAUGUCAGUUUCCCAGCUGAGCCUUCUCUAGUAAUUGAAAAAUGUGGUGGAUUCUGCUUUUCUUAGAAUGGCUUGUGGACUGGGCUCGUGGCACAUACUGGUAUCUGUUUGGCAGAAGAAGUGGCCUUUGCAAGGGGACUAUCAGCCCUCUAGGCCCACUAGAUAUAGAUCAAAACAAAAAAGACAGAUUUCUUCGGAAAGAGUUUGAUGAAUUUGAAGUACCUAAAAACUUGGACGUUAUUGUGAUUGGUAGCGGUAUUGGUGGUUUGACAGCAGCAGCAGUUUUAGCCAAACUAGGAAAGAAAGUCCUGGUGCUGGAGCAAGAUAAACCGGCCGGAGGCCUGUGUAAGACCUUCACCGAGAAAGGCUUUGAGUUUGACUGUGGCUUCCAUUAUUUGGGACAACUUCAUGAGAAUAGCUUCUUGAAAGUUGCAUUGGAUCUGAUCACUGAUGGCCAGGUGCAUUUUGCUGAGCAGAGUUCCCAUGUGGACACUGUCGUUAUUGGUACAGGAACUCAACGUAAAGAAUACACUAUCUACAAUGGUAAGAAGCAGAUGGAGGCUCAUCUUAAAAAGCAGUUUCCAAAUGAUAAUAAAGCAGUGGAGGAGCUCUUCAAAAUCAUGAAGAUCUGUUCUAAGAAGAUCCAUCUGCUGUGUAUGCUGAAGAUGGUCCCACUCUGGUUUGCUCGCUUCAUCCUAUGGAGUGGAAUCGCUGAUUUAAUAUCCCCAGUUUUCAGAUACUCCCGCACCAGCACAACAGAUGUAGUCAAGUCUCUUACCAGCAACCAGGACCUCCUUACAGUGUUUUCUCAAAUAUUUUAUGGUGUCCCACCCAAAAACUCCAGUUGCAUGAUUGACGCCCUCUUCCUGCACCAUUCUAAGCGUGGUGUCUACUAUCCUAAAGGUGGUGCCAGUGAGAUCCCAUACCACAUCAUUCAGGUUAUGGAGAAGAAUGGAGGGAAAGUCCUAGUCAAUGCUCCUGUGUCCAGCAUUCUAGUAGAUGGAAAACAAAAUGCAUGUGGAGUGACUGUGAAGAGUGGAGGUAAAGAUGUUGAAGUUCGGGCUGCUGUGAUUAUUUCUAAUGCUGGUGUGUUCACCACCUUCAAGACUCUUCUGCCUCCAGAGGUCCAGGCAAAUCCAGAGGCCCAAGACUAUCUAAAUACCCUGAAACCAGGCAAAGGAUUUUUCCAGCUCUAUGCAGGCUUUAAUGCAACUAUGGAAGAACUGGGCAUUUCUUCAACUAACAUGCGACUCUAUAAGAGCAACAACAUGGAUGAAAUGAUGGAAGAGUACUUCAAUUCAGACAAGGAAGCUGCACCUGACAACAUCCCCAUGAUGUACAUUUCCUUCCCCUCUGCUAAGGAUCCCACUUCCUGCACUCGUUUCCCAGGACAGUCCCGUAUGGUGAUCCACACUAUGGUCAAUCCAAAGUGGUUUGAACAGUGGAGCAACAUCAGUGAGACUGAAAGGGGUGAAGACUAUGAAAAAUACAAGAUGAGAUUUGCUAAUCAUCUUUUUGACUGGGCUUGUGUCCACUUCCCCAAGCUGAAAGAGAAGUUGGCAGUGUUGCAUGCAGUCACUCCUAUUACCAUGCAUGGACUGGGGGCCUCAUAUGGGUCAAUGCUGUCUGCAGAGCACAAUUUAGGGCGAUACCAGCCUCUGAACAUUGCUAUGACCAGGUGCAACACGCCUGUUAAGAACCUCUACCUGACAGGGCAAGAUGUUUUCUCUGCUGGUUACUCUGGUGCUCUACAUGGUGGACUUCUCUGCGCUUCAACUGUUAUGGAUCAAUGUCUGUAUGUUGACCUCCUGAUCCAACAAAAGAAACUAAAGGGGAAGGUGGUCAAGAAACUAGAGUGAGAGUUUGAGGGAUGAUGUAUUUGUACUCCUUUUAUUUUGCUGCACAUUUGUCAUCUGCUGCAACUCCUCUGAAUAAAGAUGUGAAUAUUGCACAAUG